CUAACCUGGAAGCUUCAUGGAGCGCUAGAUCAUUCAAAUUCGACCCUUCAAGCAAUGACUCACUGGGCAACCUCAUGUCCACUUCCGCGACGUGGGAGGACAUCCGCUGGUUGCGCAGCAUUUCGACACUCCCCGUUGUUGUCAAGGGAGUCCUGACCGCUGAAAUGGCACUGAGAGCUUACAAGAACGGUGCAUCGGCUGUUAUGGUCUCAAACCACGGAGGACGGGUGCUUGACGGCGACCCUGCACCGAUCGACGCCUUGCCAGAGGUGGUUGCUGCGGUGGGAGACCGUAUGGAAGUCUACAUGGACGGUGGAGUGCGUUCAGGAGCCGACGCUGUGAAGGCGUUGAGCAUCGGUGCACGCGCUGUUUUCAUUGGCAGACCCAUAUUCUGGGGACUCGCUUACAGAGGGAAACAAGGUGUAGACAAGGUUCUGGACAUUCUUAGGAGUGAAUUCAACCUUACGAUUCAGCUACUAGGUGUUCCCAAUGCCAAGGACUUGUGCAAUGACGUCGUCGUCCGCGAGCAGUACUACUCUCAGCCACUCCACAAAAAUUGCGCACCGCGACGUCCUUGGGGGGAUUGAGUUUCGUAUAAGGUAGCUGCGUAGCGUUCCGAUAGAAUAAUUCAGGCUGUAGCAUUCACAUAAACACAAUCUUUCUUUUAAAGUUUUCAAUGUGUUUCAAAGCAGUGAAAGAAUUAAAUUUAUUUGCUCUUGUA